ACACAAACACACUUUGAGUCAGUCCUGAGGUGAGAAGCAUAAGAACAGGAUUACAAACAAACACAUCAAGAAAGUUUUUUGUAUAGUUGUCCCCAACAUUACAUCAACUGCGGUCCUCAAUAGACGUGCUACAGAAAAAGAAAGCCCCGCCCAUCCCAAGCCAUGCCACGCCCAGCUCCCACAGAGGCCACACCCUCACUCUUGAGUCACGGCCAGAAAGCCCACUGCACAGAAACCCCACGUGCCCCCUGAGCCUGUGCACCUGCUGCGACGGGGUUACAUCCUCCCAGAGCCCUUUCCCAAACCUUCCUCCAAAACCCAUAGCGUGUGGGUGGCACGUCAUCGAGAACUUCCAGAACUACAGGUUUUUGGGUGUCCAGCGAAGCAACAGCGACCAGUGGCGUGUCAACAUGGAGUCUCAAUCCACUCCACAAUCUGACAUAAGCGGUCAACCUCAGGUCACGGGGUCAACAGCACAGAAUUCUGGGGAGUUAUGCUCCAUGGAUGGGCUUGGAUUUAAACCCUCUGAUAUCUCAGAACUUUUGGCUUUAUCCAGCUUAAACUCCUUACAAGUAGACUGCGUGAAUGACGUAGGAAUUACAGAUGAACUUCAAAAAGAGCAUACAAAACAUAGCAACAGUGUUUUGGAGAAUAAUCAGUGUGAUUUAAAUGAUAACCACAACGAUGAGAGCAGUAACCAUAGAGACACGGAGCCUGAGGGGCCUCUACUCAAGGGCCCCUGUGAGUCUCAGGAUCAUGAAGGGACAGAACAGAAUGGAAAGAUCCCCAAUCGUGACAGUGGCAUCGAUAGUCCCUCUUGUGGGACAGAGGGGGAGGCGUUCCCAAACGAGGACCCUAUUGAGGAGGAGGACCAGAAUGAUAGCAUUGCCACAGAAACUGAGAGUGUGUCAUGUGUCACCACUAGCAACAAACGGGACUCAAUGCAGGAUGAAGACAGUGAUUUGGAUGAAGGGAGCGAUGAAGAUCCAGAGAGCCUGGAACUCAAAGGUUUGCAGUGUGACUCUCAGAAGUUGUUGAAUAUCGCUAAAGAGUUGCUUCAAACAGAAGAAGCUUAUGUCAAAAGACUAAAUCUGCUGGACCAGGUGUUUUGUGCUCGUCUGACAGAGGCGGGUAUCCCUACUGAUGUCAUCACAGGAAUCUUCUCCAACAUUUCCUGCAUUCACCGCUUUCACCAUCAGUUCCUGCUGCCUGAACUACACACACGCAUCACGCAGGAGUGGAGCUGUAAUCCUCGCAUUGGGGACAUCCUGCAGAAAUUAGCUCCGUUUCUGAAGAUGUAUGGCGAGUAUGUGAAGAACUUUGAUCGGGCUAUGGAGCUGGUGAGCACAUGGACGCAGCGCUCCGCUCACUUCAAAAGUGUUGUACAAAAUAUCCAGAAGCAGGAUGUGUGUGGUAACUUGACGUUGCAGCAUCAUAUGUUGGAGCCAGUGCAGCGUAUUCCCCGUUAUGAGCUCCUCCUGAAAGAUUACUUAAAGAAACUGCCAGACGGUGCUCCGGACUGGAAAGAUGCUCAGAAUGCUCUGGAGUUGAUCUCCACCGCUGCAAACCACUCCAACGCUGCCAUCAGGAAAAUGGAGAAGAUGCACAAGCUUUUGGAGGUGUAUGAGAGGUUAGGUGGAGAGGAGGACAUUGUUAAUCCAGCUAAUGAACUCAUUAAGGAAGGACACAUCAAGAAGAUGUCUGCGAAGAACGGCACUGCUCAGGACCGAUACCUCUAUGUGUUCAAUAAUAUGGUGCUGUAUUGUGUGCCAAAGCUGAGGCUGAUGGGACAGAAAUUUAGCGUCAGAGAGCGAAUCGACAUCGCAGGGAUGGAGGUUCAGGAGAACGUCAAGCAGAAUGCCCCUCACACUUUCACCAUCAUCGGCAAACAGCGAUCUCUGGAGCUACAGGCCAGAACGGCUGAGGAGAAAGACAACUGGAUUGAAGUGAUUUUGGCCACUAUUGAGAAGCACAAGCAGAAUAGUGAGACGUUUAAAACGUUCAACAGCUCUGUCUGCCGUGAUGAAGAACAUGCAACUGACACACCAAGUCCAGCGAUCAACACAAACACAUGUGAGAUGGACGGAGCCCAGCAUGAGCGGAAGAGUUCAAAGAAGAGAGAGAAGGAGAGAGAAACAUGUAAAGGCUGCAGUGAGACCUUCCAUUUCACCAAACGCAAACACCACUGCAAGAACUGCAGCGCGGCCAUCUGUGGGAAGUGUUCAAAGCUGUCAGAGAGCAAGAACUGCCGCAUGUGUAAAAAGUGUUUUGAAGUCCUGCAGGCAGCUGAAGGGACAGCAGGAGGCAGCAUUGAAUCCAAGAAAAGAAUUGAGAAGCAGCAGUCAGUUGCACAGUCAUCUCUACGUGCAGGUAAAGUUGAAGAGUUGGAGCAGGAGCUGGGCGGCCUUCACUAAAGCAGAACCUCUGGUGCUUUACCUUCAAACCCGCACACAGGACACUCAAGGCUGUGACAUCACAUCAGUGUCAUCAUCAGAGAAUGAGGUCAAACAUGAGUUCAGACUGAUUUGUGACCUUUGACACCUUUUGCCGACAGGAUGGCGUUCCUGUUACUAUAGAGGGAGAAGCCACCAAGAUUUCGAUCAGCAUAGGUGUGCACCGCAGGAGCCAAUAAGAUGCUUUCUCUCACCUUUUAUACAGAACUCCUGUUACUUGAAAUCACUUUAUCCUUAGCACUUUUGUUCUUACUUUUAUUAUUUGCCUUCCGUCACAUUCUCUUUAUCACACAGUUCACAGGAGAAGAACUGUUUCUCAAUGCACUGUUCCACAGAAGAGCGAGCAGCGGUUUGUAUUAUAUUGGAUGAAUUUGUUGUGAAUGUUUCUGGAAUGUAAUAUGAUGAAUGUUAGAUUAUUAUUAUUUCCGUUUGUUUCCUUUCAGAUGUGUUAUUCGUUUAUAAGUUAAAGCAUUAAUUUGAUGUUUGCUCAUGUACUGUCGGUUCAAACCUUCACACAUCUACAUUUUAUUUAGUUUUUUCCUGCUGAUUAAUUAAAGAUGAAAAUCCUUCACACAGAACUGAAGCAGAGAAUAAGCAUAUAUACUAGUCGUGCCGCCAAAUACAGAGCUGAAUGUUAAGCAGAUGAUUAUGGGUAAAUGUCAUGAAACCUGUCAAGAACAUGUCUGGGUCACAUUUCACACAAAAGUCAUUUUUCGCAUAAAGAAAAUGAAGUCUUUAUUAAGAUGUUUUGCAUUGUGACAUUAUUUUCAUGAGAACUUAGCACAUUUGUCCUCCCAAUUCUCAUUACUGUAAUGCAAAAACAUCUCAUUUUUAGUACUAUAAUGUGAAAAAAAGUGAACAAAACUAACACAAAUAUCGUAAUGGCCCUAUAAUUUAUGAUGGGGGGAUGUGUCCUGCAGUUGAUGCCGUCAAAAGUUUGUUAUAAUUUUUACCUAUUAAUGAGGAUGCCCAACUGUAUUUUUUGAAUAUUACACCAUACAAAAGCAAUUUUGCAUAUUAAUGCUUAAGAGGAGGAACAAUUUGCUGUUUUGUGACACAUGAAGUGACGGUUUGAAUGAGAGAACUGUGUUCUAGGUCAGAGCACAAGGGCAAAUGAAGUGCCCCCAUUUUCUUUGUCACUUUUCUUGUGGUCUUUCUCAUUUUCACAAAACAGCAGCAGUAUGCACCAGUAUUGUGAUCUCAACAGAAGUACUGUACGUCUGCUCACUUGAUGGUCAAUAAACCUAGUGUCUGCUCGCCCAUAAAUAUUGUUUAAACACUUGCAACAGAACCAGUAUUAUUACAAGCAUUUUAUGUGUACAAAAGGUGUCCUAUAAAAUAAAAACUUUUAUCUACAGGAUUAAGUACAGCACUAAAUGGGCAUAUUGCACAACAUUGAUUGUGGCGUUAGUUGUAAAUCUCCUUCCACUUUUCAUGCUACUGUGAGCAGUAGAUCUCAAUGUGGUUGCUUCACCAAAAGGAACUGAUACAUUUCUUACACAAGACACAAAAUAUUACUGCAAAUAUGAAAUGUACUGUGUCAAAAUUUCACUCAAUUGGAAGUCAAAGUAUCUAGCCAAAAACACAAUUGAAAACUUCUUCUACACAGAGAUUUACUCGUUAAAAUAACUUUUACGCACAUUUUUAAUCAAAUUAAUUACUAGACAUGUCAGUUAAUUAAUUGCAAUUAAUCACAUCCAUCAUUAUUUGCUGAAAAAGGCCCCCAAAUAAAGAUACUUCAUGUAAUUAAUGCAUAAUAACUCAAAUAUUUAUAAAUAUAAUAUGUAGAAGAGGGCUCUUCAACUACUUUCUUGUGGGGGCCAGAUUAUCCAGAUGAAAACUUGGUGGGGGCCAAACUCUCUUCCAUAUUUAACUUAGCUAACACUUUCAUUGCAAGUAACAUGUUACUUACAAAACACCCUUAAAACUGUGCAUUUAUUCAUAUUAAUAGUCACAGGGUAUAUUGAAUUCUAUUUUUUAAGGUCUGGCCAUAAAAUCCUUCAUAAGAUCUGGCUGAAUAACAAACAUGACUUAUACUCUUAACUAAGAAAUAUUUUUUUAUCAACUUUAAUUUGAAAAACAAAAAACAUAAUAAUAACUUUAACAUUUUAGGUCUAUUUUUUAACUGAGGAGAAACAUUUAGACCCGCUAAAGCCCUCUCACAAUAUCAGCCCACAUAUGAAAACAAUGGUCAUAUAAAAAUGUCAUGUUACUUAAGAAUGCAUUUCAAUUACAUUUUCUUUUUGGAAAAAAUCAAAAAAGAGAGAGAUAAAAUGUCUAUUCUUCCAUUUUCUCUAUAAAGUAUCAUCCUAUUCAAUGAGGAAAAAUGAGUCCUGCAAAUAUUGUGAAUUUUCCCACAAUAGCCAGUGCAGGAGCCAGAUUUUUGUGUAGGUAAUCAUUGGCAAAAUAAGAACAAACUGAGUUGAUGCUGUUCGUGAUUGAGAGGGCUGACUCACAGCUGUAUUUUUUAUAUUUGCAGGUUCAGUUUCACAUUAUCAAUUUUUUCCAAGCCCUGCAGACCCUGAACAGAUGAGACACGAUCAUUUGACACUUCAAGAAAAGUGAAUAACAGCUAACUUUUCAGCGCAUUUUCUUUGAAUGUUCAGUUUUCAUAAUCAAUUGCUUUUGUUGCCUAAUGUGCAUAUGUGCUGACAACAUUUCUGUAACAACCGCGGUGAACAGUUUUUACAUCUGUAGAUUUGAACGCAUUC